AUACCGUGCGAAAACGUCGCAUCGACCGAAUCUCGACCAACUAACCUAUCAACACACUCAACUGUGUAUUAAAUGCACGUGACAAUCUAAUUACCGCUGUAUGCAAGUUAACACACCGCUAGUUGUUGUGGAUCAAUUGUGUGAUUUAAAUCAAAAUGAUUGCUGACAUUAGUAAAGUGUUUAUCGCGUAAAUUGGCAAUAGCGGCGGCUUCGCAUCAAGUCAUGAGAUUUGGCAAUUACAAGGGCGUGGAAGGAACAAGCUCGGCAUGCCACCUAAAAAAGGAUCAGAAGUGGUAGGCGUAUCGGAAAGGAUUGCUCGGUUCCUCCUGUGACUAGUCAGACUUCCAGCACAAGGCACGGGCGGCGGAUUCGGCGUGGGGCGCGUCGUGUGGCGACGGCGCGGGCGCGGGCGGCGCAAUGACUCGGCGUCUGCCGCGAUGACGCUGUCGCCGCCCGCGCGCCCCGCGCAAUACCCCGCCGCGCACCGCGCAAUGCGCUACUACCGCAUCUGGAUCUACGCCUGCAACGGGGCACUGCUGCUCGCAGCUCUCGCAUUCUGCACCGCGGCAGGCCGAGCCUUAGCCGACUACAGGCGUGGGCUCGUGCCGGGACUUGGAGCCGCCCAACCCGGCUUCCUCUACGGCUACGCGGCGCUACCCAUCCAGGCAGGCUUAUUACAACUCCUCGGCUGUUUUGCAGCCCUACGCCUCUCCGAGCGUAUGCUGAACGCGUAUUGGCUGGCUUUAUUGGCUCUGCUAGUCGGCGACGCCGCAAUUGGCGUCUAUUGGGUAUUUCGAUUUGAACGUGUGUGUCGAGACUUGCGACCACAGCUACGACUACGACUAGCAAAAGAUUAUGAAACAGAUUUAGAUUUCUCAGACGCUUGGGAUCGUCUGCAAAGGGAACAGAGCUGUUGCGGAGUAACUGGUCCAUCAGAUUUCGCUGCAUUGAAUCUUACAAUAUUACCUCCGAGCUGUUGUCGAAUACCAGCUCACACUACGUCAACAGCGACACCACUUUCUUUUUCUACCACUUCAUCGUCUACCGUUUCGUUAACGCCCGUUCACUGCAUACCACACACGGCGGCUUGUGCAGAAAGACUUCUUGCUUGGCUCAAAAAAACAGCUGACGCCUUAUUUGUUUUAGGGUAUUGUGUUAUAGCAUUUUUAAAAUUCUGCUUCUUGGGAAUACUUCGGUGUGAAAUUAAGGAAAUGAUCCAAAAGAUAAGAAUACUGAGAAGUGAGAUGGGUGCAGGUGAAUUUAUGGACGGCAGUCCAAUGCAUGGUGGACCGUUGUCACAAACUAUUGUAGUGAAUGCAGUCAAUGUAAACGGAGGGGUCAGAGCUCACGCGGGAAGUCCCGAGCGUGCCAGUGAAAGAGAAGCUCUACUAGGAAGAGCUUCUGAUCCGGGCUUGAGACGAAGUAUUCAUGAAGAAACUCUAGGACUAAAAACAGUUAACGGAAACAAUAACUGUGAAAUGCGAGAGUUAGCCAGAGGCGACUACAGGCCAUUAGCUGCAGAUAGUGCAGCAACUAGAAUCUGACUAAGAUGUUAUUUGGAGCGAUUGUUUGGGCGGCGAUGGCGUUCCUUCCCAGCAGCUGGCUUCGAGACAGAACCCCCGAUGACACGCAAUGUGCCCGUCUGCCUGCGUCGAUCCAGUGCGCGCGUUCGUCUCGAUCAUCGUCGUCAUACACGCUCCGAAUUCGAACUUUAAAUAUUAUUUGUGUGGGCUUUGACACGAGUUAUCACUUUAUCAGACGCAAUUAUGUCAUUCAUGUGCAACUUAUGUUUUAACGAAUAUUGAAAAUCUAGUGGUAAUUAGAGCAUGGAUUUCAGUUUAAUCACGUAGGGUCAAUAAUAUGAAUGUGUUAAUGUUUUUAUUCACGAGCAAAGCUUGUAUUUAGUUCCUAUGCAUGACAGGAUUUACAAGUAUUGUAUAUUGACGCAAGAACUUAUUCACUGGAUAUAAGUGCAAGUGUAACUUUGGACUACGAUAAGUAAAACAUACGAAGACUGUUCAGUGCGAUGGGUGUGGUAGCUUAUGAGGUUUAUGAACCAUUAAUUAUUUAAUAAUUAUUAUAAUUUUAUAUUGUUAUAAUAUUCUGUUUCAUUAAUAUUUUUGUAUAUUUUGCUAGGAUAAGAUUUUUUCAAAAAAAUAUGUGGUUCUUCCUUGAAAUUUGUACCAUAUUAUAUAUCGAAUAGUAAUUGGCUUAGUAAGUUUUAAUAUAAAUGUUUUGUAUUAAACUAAUUAAUCUUUUGUUAUUUUUCGCUAAAUAUUCAAAAUAUGUAGAAUUCUUUUACGGAUCUCGUUAUAUUUACUGUUUUAAACUAUUACUGUUUCCAUUGAAAUAAAAUAUAAUACGUGUCGCGUCAAUUAUCUUCACAAAGGUUGGAUGAAUAUGAUCAUCGUCUAUAUAUUGUUCAUAUUUGCUUAGUUCUUCUCAAUUUUAAUCAUUAUUUCAAUGAAAACGAAAACAGGCCAGCAUUCAAUUGUGAAGUCUGUAAGAUCGUUAAAUUUUAUCGUCAUGAUUAGUCAUGAUCCACUGAAGAAUAGCUUCUAACAUUCAUACCCUCAUUAUUAUUCGUUACUUCUUUCUUGCUAAACUUAAUUUAGGUGUUCUUGUAAAAUCUUCAAUGUCUUUCAGUUUUGUUAGUGUAAAUAAUAUUUAGUGUAAUGUAUGUAAUACCAGUAGUGGAGUAAAUAGCAUGGAACGAUCAAAAAAUAGUACUGAUAUGAGCUUAAACUAUGUAGUGCCUACGAUAAUAAUUGCAUAAACAAUAAAACGAUUGUGAACGUUUAUAACAGUUUAACUUACAGCAAAAUUGUAAUAAAUUCAUACGUUUGAUAGAAAAAUUUAUAAUUGUACAUUUCACAACAAAAAUCAACGGUGAACGUGAGUUAGGAAGGAUAAGAUUUUAUUAAUUGAUAAUUUGCUGUGGUCAUCGAUGUGCUAUCAAAAUUAUAUAUUGGCUGUGUCAAAGACAAAAGAGAGUUUAUAUCAAGAAGUGAAUGUUUGAUUAGUGUUACUAUAGAAAAAUAUAAUGUACAUUUCUUUGCGGUGGGAUGACAAUUAAAAUGUUUAAAAAUUAUAUAGUAUUGUAUGCAUUUGAAACGCCUGUUCUAGAUCAUAUUGUAAUAAGUUUAAUUAGAAAGAGAACUUUUAAUGUUUUAAACAGAUAUCCAUUUCAAUGUAUAAGAUGAGGUAUAAGAUUAGCAUUUUACCGAAAUUUUUAUAAGUCAUCAUUAUGCUUUAGUUAUAAGUUUGUUUAUAUUCGAAGUCUAUUUCAUUUGAACUAUCAACUAAUUGAUCGAUCGGAUAUCAUUUUAUCUUGCUCUAGCUUUCAAGUCUAUCAUCAAUUUAGAUUUUAUUCAAAUGUAAAUUCUAAAUUGGUAGGUGUGUUAUCAAGUAUUUUAAAUGGUAUUAAUUUUAUUUUUAACAGUAUUAACACUAUGUUAAGACACUCUACUUUAUUUGCUUAAAACGGCUUUACUCACGGUUUGUCCGAGUUGGUACCGAUUAGUUUUUCGACCAUUUGGAGGUCCUUUAUCAGGGUGAAUGCGGUGAGUUCGCGGUGACAUUCCGUCUCAAGCUGCGGAUUUGCGCUCGCAGUGUGCGGCUUGGCAUGGCGGGGGGCGCGGGAUAUAAAUCCGUUUCAUUCGUAAAAAUAAUGUUUUUGUUUUAUUACGCAUAUAUUUACAUUGUGGUAAUAUGUACUAUGUACUAGAGAAGAUAAUAUCUCACCUUGGAUGUUUAUAGAACCAGUUGUGGCCAGAUGUAGUCAACUCAAUUAAUUUAUGCUGAGCGUCCCUUGCAAUAAUACAUAUUUGAGCGCUGAGUUGUGUUAAAAAUAUGGCUUCGUGUAUAUUGAGAUAGCGUUAGAAUAACUCAUUACCACAAUUUACUACUAAGUUUAACAUAUUUUUAAAACAAGCUUAAUUUAAUUAUAGUAUGUCGAUUUAACUGGUGAUUACAUGUCACAACUAGCUAUUGAAUAAUUGUGAAUGUCAAAUUGCUUAGCCCGCUGUCAAAAAGUCGCGCUCUAUAAUUUGUUCAUAAUGACUUCUCUAGUGAAACUUAUGAAGUGGCAGUGGGCAGGGCACAUAGUUUGACGGACAGAUGGCCGUUGGGGCAGUAAAGUCCUCGAAUGGCGACCACGUACCGGAAGACGCAGUGUUGGUAGGCCCCCCACAAGAUGGACCUAUGAUUUGGUCAAGAUCACCGGAAUACGUUGGAUAAGGACAGCACAGGACCGAUCGCCAUGGAAAUCUUUGGGGGAGGCCUUUUUCCAGCAGUGGACGUCUUCCGGCUGAUGAUGGUGAUGAUGACUUUUCUGGUACGUAAUAAAUACUACGUCAAUGUAUAUUUAGGAAAAUUUCGGUACAGAACUAAUAUUAUAUAUAUAUCCUGUAUACCUAUAAAUAAUAAUAGGGUGGGCUAAUAAGCACGUUUGUAUUUAUAUAAAUGUAUCUUUAUAGAAGUAUUGUAUUAAUAAUAUAAAUUUUUAUUUUCGCUUAAGAGUAGUUAUUAAUAUUUUCUGAUUUUAUGCAGAUACAUAGUUUUUUAACAUUGUUGUCACUAAAUGUACCAAUCUUAAGGAAAUUUGUACCUAUAUUCGGAAAGUUGUUUAAUUUGUAGUUAGGAUCGAAUCUACAAUCCAACAAUUUCUUCCAAAUUUGUAUGUGCCUUGGCUAAUGAAAUUGAGUGCAUUACACCAAUUGCAAUGUUUAUUUAUUCAAACCUUAAUUUUGUAUUAUUUAUCCAAGCACUAGGAAAUCAUAGUAUCUAGGAAUACACUAUACGGGCAGUUCAAUCAAUAUUUCUUUUUUAGGAUCCGCAGUUAAAAUUUUGGAACAAAAGACACACAGUUGCAAUUUCAUGAAAGAAAACUUGUGACAUAUAUUUGCAGCAAUAUCCUCGUAUUGAGGCGGAAUAAGAAAAGCAGUUGCUUUCAUCUGAUUGAUGAUGCUACUAUAUGGGUAGCAUCGACAGCAUAGAUAAUUCCAGUUAUCCGGAAUGAUAUCUUUUUAUAAUGUAAUAAUUACUGUUCUAUUCGUGGGCACAAUAUUAAUGUUUUUCAAUAAAGCUGGAAACAAUUUAAUCGUACCAAACAACUUCGUAGUCAGCUUUGACUGCCUCGCUAACACAUAAAAUAUUUAUCAAUACCUCAGUUCAACAGGCAAAUUUGUCCGCAAUUCGGUAAAUUUGAGAUAAGUAUGAGAAAUUGUUCCAUAAUCGAUAACCCACCAUUACCAAAGAGAAACAAGUCGAUAAUUGAAUGCAGUUUAGUUGUUUCUUCAUAAGUCUAGAAAUCUCUUUUAAAAGAGUAGCAACUCGAGUUCUCUUCUUUUGGAACCCUUUUCUGAACUGUUACUCUUUUUAAACUGAGGUAUUGUUAUUUAAUGUUGAUAAAUAUCACACAAAAUAUAAGUAAUUUUAGUACAAGUACUUUACGCUUUACCAUCUCGCGCAGUAAACUUUUACACAUAUUGUUUUUACAGGAUUUCACUCAUAAUUUAACAAAGUUUGUUUGUUUUUUAAGAAAUAGUGUUGGUGUUAUUUUUUUAAUUUAUUUAUUAUAAGGAACAUAAGGGAUAAUAUAAUACAAUAGCACUUCAUAAGCCACUUGGAUUUGUCUGGAGUGUUUGCUUUGCGUCAAAAAAAUCCAUGAGUUGACUAGAUGUAAUCAUUGUAACAGACAGUCGCUUCGCUAUAUUGAAACAAUUAUAAAUGUAUUUUAAAUGUUCAAUGUAUUUCAACUUUAAUUUUAUGUAUAUAACUGUAAUGUUUACAAUAUAAGUAAAUGUGAUGUUAAAAUAAUGUCGUAAUAGCUGUGUCAUGUAUGUUUAAAGUUAAUUGAAUACCCGUCGCCGUUAUACUGAACUGAAAUGAUUGUAACCAAUUUUUCAGUGACCCUAAUUUUUUGCAACUUUCCGAAGGUACGCACUAGGCGACUGAGCUAAUAUUAUCAUAAAACGCGUAAAAUAAAGUUUGUUAAAACUGUUA